AUGACACUUGCAAGUCAAUUGACAAGUUUAACAACAACACUCAUGAUAUACUACAUGACGCCUGUCUAUAUCAUCGGUAUUCUUGGCAAUCUCACCAAUAUUCUGAUCUUUUCUCGUCGAAAAUUACGUUCCAACACUUGUUCACGUUAUUUUAUUGGAAUGUCUGUUGCACAAAUAGUUCUUUUCAAUACAUUUGGUUUAACACGAGUGAUCAUCUCUCGAACUGGUGUUGAUCUUGCUGGAAUGAAUGUUGGUCUUUGUAAACUACGAAUCUUUGUUUAUAUCUACAGUCUUGGUCUGACUCGUCAAUUCUUAUGUUUGAUUUCGAUUGAUCGUUGGAUUUUGUCAGCACAACAUGCACGAAUCAGACAAUUCAGUUCACCUCGUCUUGUUACUUCAUUGAUUAUCGGUAGUGUAUGUUUUUGGCUUGUGUUUAGUAUUCAUGGUUUGAUUGGAUAUGAAAUAACUUCAGCACAUUUCUGUGGAGCACCACUUGGCUCAGCUUAUGCUGAAUUCUAUGCUAUUCAAAUCACAAUUUCAUCUAUUGUUCCAUUUCUCAUCAUCAGUGCGUUUACUCUGUUGACUUUUCGUAACGUUCGUCAUUGGCGGCGUGUUCAAAUCGUUCAACCUUCAGUCAAUGUUGCGAACUUAGCAAAAAAAGCAAUAACGAAUCGAUCUCUUUCAAUGAAUGUCAGUCAUUAUCGACGAGAAUUCCAGUUGAUGAAAAUCUCUUUGUUACAAGUGAUUUUCUAUGUUGUUUUCGCAAUGACAUCCACCAUAUUUCCUCUCUAUUCUUAUUUGACAAGCACAUUACCCAAAUCAACAGAUCAACUUGCGAUAGAUGCAUUCAUUGUUUCAACAGCUCUGAUUCUUCUGUACACAUACACUGCAAGCACGUUUUUUCUCUACACAUGGGUAUCGAAAACAUUUCGAAAAGAACUUCUUCUCACAUUGAUGACAUUAGUGAGAUGGAUGAAACGUGCCCAUUUGUGA